AUGCCUCCAUCCAAAGAGCAGUCCGAGUACCAUUUCAUCGGGAGCUUCACCCGAUACUCCAGCUGGACAGCUCGUGUUGAGACCGUCCUGGAGUACUUCCAGCUCCCCUACACGGCGCAGAUCGUCCCCCUCAGCCAGGUCCGCACGGUCUCCCACUCGGGCCUCGUCCCUCUGCUGGAAAGCCGCUCUCUAAGCCCAACUCUCCGCAUCAACGACUCCCUCGCCAUCUGCGAGUUCCUCGCCGAGUCCAACCCACAGCUGAAUCUAUGGCCGCAGGACCGAGUCCUCAGGGCCAUGGCGCGCAGCGCAGCCGCCGAGAUGCACUCAGGAUUCUCGACUCUGCGGAACACCUACCACACAAACUUUGUGGCGCGGUACCAGGGGAAUAUCCCCGUGUCGGAGGCUGCGAGGAAGGAGAUCCGGCGCUUGUUCACAAUCUGGGACGAGGCGCGGCAGGCGGCGAGGACUCGGCUUGCGGAGGCUGGGGUGCAGGAUGAGGGGUUUCUCUUCGGGGCGUUUAGUAUUGCGGAUGCGUUCUUCUGGCCGGUGUUGUGGCGCUUCCGCUCGUACGAUCUUCCUCUGGACGGCGCCAGCGCUGAUGUUCUGAAGUGGAUGCAGACGAUGUGGAGUGAUCCUGCCCUGCAGAAACUGGUGCAUAGCUACUACCGCCAGGCAGAGCUACCUGAGAGUCAUAUUGAGCACUACGAGAACAUCUUCCGCGAUCGAGAUGAUAUCCAAUAUGGACGGUUUCCGGAGGAUUGGACGUUUAGCAUUCCUGACAAGUCAUAG